CUCUGAUUGACUUUGGUCAAGUAUGUCUUCAUUCAGUCAGCAGUAAAGAUCUCAUGAUCGUAAAUAACCUGGAUAGCUAUAUUCACAUUGUAGCAAGGAUUGACAGUCGUGAGUUGAGGCAGACGUCACCUCUAUCCCAGGUUGUUCCUCCACGAUCUCUUGCUAAACUCACCCUCAUGUUUGAGUCUAACUCUAAAGGACACUUUGAGAGGAGUGUAGAUUACACUAUCAAUGGGAAUCACCAUCAGCAUAUCAUCGUGUUAGCAGAGGUUGUUCCUGUUGAUCUAGAGAUAAGCAGUGAGGAAAUUACUCUAAAACCUUCCCCUGGAAUGUUGUAUGAAUCAGGGCUCCAAGGGUCUAUCACAGUGUACAACAAGAGGAACUACCCGGCUGAAUUUAGAUGGGAAGCAGCUAAAUACGAAGCUCCGUUCUUCAUUAAACCGAAUCAAGGUAUGGUGGAAGCGUACACUAACCUGGUAUGCCAAGUGUCGUACAUGCCAUCAUUCUCAGCUGUAGACGAGGCAGACUUCGCUAUGCAUGUGAUUGGAGGCGCCACAAAAACACUGAAGUGUAAAGCAAAGCUUGGAACAGCACACUGCGCCUUUAUAGAAAGACGUCUGYUGUUUGGACCAGUUCCCCUCAAUCUUACUACCACCAAGACGGUGUCUCUGAAGAACACCAGUCAUAACCAUGCUUUCUUUGAGAUAGUUGAUGUUCAACCUAUCCCUAGUAUGAUGAUCAGUCCUAAAGAAGGUGUGGUCCCUGUUGGUGGGACGACAGAAAUCACGGUUCAGUUCCAUCCUGACUCGGUACACAAAUUCGACACCAACAUUCAAGUGAAUAUACGAUGCGGUAAAAUGAUCACUCUUCGUGUGGGUGGUACUGUAGAACCGCCGUCUGUAGACAUCGACGUGGAUUCGUUUCGUUUUGGGGGAGUCUACUGUGGUGCCCUUUCUAAAAUACCGUUCAAAAUGAACAACUUGGCUCGUACUGAAGCAAGACUUGAACUUGAUCUGUCUCGACACCAGGAUUUUUCUUUGAAGGUCUUUGACGUCGAUGAGAUAGAUGAGCCGGUCUAUCGAGGUGAUGGUAUCUAUUGUCUGACUCUGGCMCCACGACAAACUAUUGACUGUACUCUUGAGUUCUCGCCUUCUGAAGUUGCUGCCUAUGACUUCGUUWUUCCAGUCAUCAUCAACAACAUCCUGGCUCCGACACCUCCCCCGUCAGUCUACCCCCCUACCCCGUCCCCAUCAMGAACGAACUGGACCAUAUCGGACCUGGCAACACCUAUACCCUGCAUAUCGGGCAUGGCCACACCCAGUCGUCGUGUCAUCUCUACAGCUCUUCGGCCACCUUUACAACUGUCGCAUAGCAGUCUUAGCUUCUCGCUGCCAUCGGGUUACUAUGAUCUUGGUAUUGAGUCAGGAGCUGGAAGGGCGCAGGGAUGUAUGUUUGUUAACAAUAGUGACCGCACUCUUUCCUGGACGCUUCACAUCCUGGAAGGGGGGCCUCUGCUAGAAGAUGGUACUUUCAAGUUCCUGCACAGGACAGGAUCACCAUUCACUCCGUCGUCUGCUCGUAGAAAAAGUACCAUCCCAUCUAUUACUCUUGAAUCUGGAGAGACUUUUCAGCUUGGGGUACUUUUCUCACCUCCUGCUCCGGGUCUAUAUAUAGCCCACGUGCCAGUAAUUUUGGACGACGAUCGUAAUAACCCUUACCGCAUUCUGGAACUGAGGGGAGAAUUGAAGGCUGCUUACUUGAAGUUCGAGCCAGAUAGCAUCUGUAUCAGCCCGGCACCGCUUGAGAUCCCCGUAUCUGUAGACUUUAAAAUCAUUGCUUCGGGAUUUAGAAGAGCGACAACMGUCUCCUGUGAGGUACCAGUUACAGAGCUAGAAGAUGGCAGCGUCGCAACCGUCUUAGAUGUGUCCUUCCCUGAUGGUCAGACCAUCCGUCCUUGUUGUGCUGAUAAAGAUCAGGAAGACGAUUACUGCGUGGUCAAUGGCCRAAUCACCUUUAAAUCACCCAGCCCUGUGUCGUUUAGCUGCGUUGUGACGUUUACUGAUGGGAAAAACAGGUACGAGCUACCAGUAACAGCUACAGCAGAUAAYUGCCUCUUGACGUCAUACCACUUCCUCGCAGCUCACCGAGAGGACUACCAAAUCGUUUGCGGCCAAGAACAACACGGAAGCAUCCAAGAAAAUUCAACCGAUGGCGCCAAACCAAUCUCCGGCGAAGCCAUCAUGAAACCUUGCUUAACGCCAAACCGACCGAAUACGCAGGCAUCGACGACUGAGACGAGCACUACGUUCGGGAUCAGUUCGUCGAGUUACCAAGAGUCGACUAAUAGUGCCACAUCUUCUACGUUCCCGUCCACGCCUCACCACGUGGAACAGGAUGAAGCCGUUAGGGAUACGACUGUGUUGUCAGACGAUCAGGCGACGCUUAGUGUGUUUUCAAACACCAAUGACACGGAAAAGAAGUUCUUGUCUUCAGUGGUUCUGGCUAUCCAAAGAUGGUUUACAGUCCAAGGCUGGUCAAGCGGUCCCUACCCCAUCACCAUACCCCAGUCCCUAAGCAUGGCCUUACAAGACCUCAGCGAAGUCCCCUCUGGCACUACAGCUGCAACCAGAACCACCAACUGGGACAAUAACAGCAAGAAAGRAAUGAGAUCCGUGUUCGAUCUGGUCGCUCAUCUCUGUGGGCGCUCCGUACCAGGGAUACCCCUGACAUCAGCUCUCCCAACAAACCCCACGGAGAGGGUGCGCCAGAUCCACUGGAUGUACUCGACAUUUCUUACUUUCCUCCGCACGCAGGGGGCAAUGUUAUCAGGGGUGAAGCCGGAGUAUCUGUUGGCACCGGGGGAUUACCGGAUAUGGCGAAAACUUCAGAAGAAAACGGACCCUAAUGAGAUACUUGACGAUGAGAUGAAGCAAAAACAAUUGAAGGAAGAUAGAAGAGACUUGGAUAGAUUUGGUUCUGUAUCUACGAAAUCUUGGACCGACGUCCUAGCACAAAUAAUCAAGGUUUUGAUACUAAGUCGUGUGACGCCUCAGCAGUAUAAGAAGCUGCAGUCUCCGUUCAGGGAUAAACCGUCCCCGGUAUUCAACCCCGACCCUGUUGUCAGCAAUGUUUACAGUGUCGGAGAGAGAGUACUAUUAUCGUGGAUUAACCACCACUAUGACAUGCAGAGACAGAAACAGUGGCAUGGAAGCAUGGAUGGGUCAAACCCUUCGUGUCGGUGGAUCGUCAACUUCGAUCUUGAUUUCAUGGAUGGUCUUGUUCUAGCAGCUCUGCUUUCAGCAUUUGUUCCUUUUCUUGUGUCUACUCAUCUUUACUCUCUCUACAUGCGUCCAAUCACGUCUCAGCACUGUUUGCAUAAUGUGCAGAAAGUCGUUCAGGCUCUCAGGCACAUUGGAAUGGACUAUGAUGUACAGCCUGCAGACAUCACAGAGCCAAACCCCAUUAGCAUUAUGUUGCUUUGUCUUCAUCUUUAUCAACGGCUGCCACAGUAUCUCCCAAGAACCACGGUGGAAUUCCAAGGGCCUCUUCAUGCCACUGUGGUCAAACACAUUCGUCUUCAAAACCCCAGCAACAAACCCUUGUCUUACCAGGUUAUCCUGGCAGGGCGUGACGCUGCUGACUUCAAGGUGCCGAUGGGCGACUCAGUACAGGUCCCAGCCAAAGGUCAACUUCAAUUACCCGUUGAAUUCAAGAGCCGUUUUCUCAGGCCUGGUAGCGCUACUUUGGUCCUGGUGGGAAAGCGUGUUGGUUCACCGUGCGGCAACACGCUGGUAUUCAAUCUAGAUACCUGUAUCAACAAUAUAACACCAGUGGCUACAAUAAGAUGUGAAUCACCAACUUACGAGCUUCAGAAGGUCCAGUUUGACGUAACCAACCCGUUCUCAUCACCUGGUGACUUUAGGAUUGUCCUGGUCGAAGCUAAGCUCUCUUUUCCUGGUACUACCAGUACUACGUCGCCGARGAGCAAGCCUAGCAUGCCCAAGAAAAACGUGCCAUCGCGUACAGAUCAUGGGCAAACGAGUAACCCCAGGUCACCAGCCAAGGAAAUGUUACCGCGUAUUGAACAAGAGAGACCAGAAUCUCCUAAAUCCUCACCCACACCUCAGCUCAGUGCAUUCUGGUGCGCCAACCCCACCGUCCAUCUCAAUGCCAACGACACAGCACUAGUMGAGGUCCAUUUUCUACCCUUCACUACUGGUCACCGUCAGUGYUCAAUCCUCUUCAUCAACGACAAAGUCGGCGARUUCCUGUACUCCAUCGAAGCCAACGCCCUUCUUCCUCUCCCCUCCCCCCUCCCCGUGGUGGAGUCACCUCACAGUCUUAGGAUCAGUAGCGCUGCUGCGGCGAGAAGCAGUAGGGGAGUGUUUGGUGGGGAUGAUAGAGUGGUCUACUGGAAGAGUGAGAACAGUGAGAAGUUUACUGAAGAGCUUCAUGUACCGUUGUAUAAUGUAGCGAGAGAGAAUGCUUUAGCCAUAGCAGCCCAACAGCGCAUGUCUCAACGAGAACUCAAUCGGCGUCAACUAACAGGGACGUUAUCCAGCAGUACAGUUACGGCCAAGAUCGCAGCCAUUGGGCUUGGGAACGAAAAGUUCAUACAUGCCAGCGACCCUGUUCUAAAGAAUUCCCUGGAGCUUGCGCAGACCAAGUUUAAUGCGGAGACGAGCUCUAAAUAUUACAAAGUCCCGAAAUAUGUCACUAUUCCUGCAUGCAACGAACAAUCCUCAGCAUCAUCAGCCAGGCACAGAAAGAACAYGAAAGACACAGCAAAGAUUCCCAUCACUUUUGAGCCGAAAGGGCCUGGUCACUACCCCUGUCAGGUCAUCCUUCGCUCUGCGCAUGACAUCAGGGUUUACCAGGUUGAGUGUACAGUUAGUUAUUACCCACGUUCUUGCCGUACCGAACAUGACCAAGAAGAAGGUGACUUUCCAGGUUMUGACUGAUUUAGAGAUUGUGUCAGGCUCUUCAUCGAUAACGGUGCUUCCAUCGCAAACAGCUGAACACGUGGUCAAAGUCUCGCCAUGGAAACGUGGAAAGUUUACUGGGAUGGUGUCGUUCACUGCGAUAUCUGAGACUGAAAUUACCCCAGUUACAGCAAGGAUCGAAGACACCGAUAGCGAAGACGAAGACYCACGAGUCAAAAARCCCGAUCACUCCUCUUCAGAACGAGGCACUUCACCAGGAGCAAUAACCGAUCCACCCUCCCGACCUUAUCAACUAUGGUACUACAUAGAGGUCCAGGCUUCAGCUCCUUCCCAGGAAAAGACUAUCGAGGUCACGUGCGCGGCGCAUUCCGCCGUGUCUGUUGAAAUUGAAGUCUCGAAUCCCACACGUGAGAAAGCGGACAUAGAURUCAUUAUAGAYGGAGUUGGGCUCGAUGGAGAUGCCACGAUYACUGUGCACCCGAGGCAAAAGGCUAUUUACAGRCUACACUUCUCGCCUACUAAGAUUGGAGAGUUCAAGGGAAGCGUUAUCUUCCAACACCCAGUCCUUGCCGAGUUCUGGUACGACUUGGUUCUUCACGCUACCGCGCCAUCCCCCUCACAUCUUCCCAUCAUGCAUUGUGAAAUUGGAAAGUCUACUUAUCAGAUGAUUCGGCUACAGAACCCUACAAAGGAAACCCUUCUCUUCACUCCCUAUUGCUCCAACACAAGAAACUUCUCCCUUGAAAUAGACGUUUCAAAACAGCUUCCUCUAGCUCCUCUCUCAAUUCUCGAGGUUCCUCUUAAAUUCACACCAUCAGACAUCGGCCAUGGCAACCACACAGCUGAGAUAGUCUUUCACAGCCUGGAGCUGGGGGACUGGGCAUUUUUAGCCUCUGGCACCGGACGAAUGCCAGGAACUAAUGAACCAAUYAAUAUCUUUUCGGAGCUCGGCGGAAACUCGUCGAUAAUCAUUCCCUUCCGAAAUCCUACCGAACAAGAAGUGGUUGUAGAUGUUGUAAUGAAAGAACGAAUGCUGUCUCGGUCAGGUUCCAUGUUCAGCACCCUGCGGGAUCAAGAGACCGACUCCAAGGAAUCCACGUUCUGUCUCCUCCUCAAGCACCCCACAUCCAUCAAGCUCGCACCUAACGCUACCCUGGACAUCCCUAUAUCCUUUGCGCCCGACACUAUGCAGAUWUACGAAGCUACUAUAACAAUAGUCAUGCACAGGCAUGAUGGGACACAGUGGGACAACCGUGAUGGGUUAUCUGGUUCGUGUAUCAUGAACGAUCUGCAGUGGAUCUACCCAGUCAAGGGCGUACCCGAGUCUUGYCCUUUAAAAGARUCCCAGGCUCCUUGUAUUGAGUGUAAGGCGCGCGGUCGCGUCGAAGAACGGCUCGAAGUCACGCUGACGGGUGUKGCUCCGAGUUCCACAAGUACAAGCUACGCCUCGUAUCUCAGGACUUUGACUCCUAUACAGAUUCUACCAAACGAAUGGGAUUAUGGAUCUGAUUAUAUCAAUGUCCCUGAAGAAUUCAGAUACGAAGUUAUCUACGAAGAUGCUGAAGGUCAGGCAGCAUUGGAACGAUCUCUUGGUGUCAGUCUGAUCAGGAAAGCAAGAAACCAAGUCUCUGGAAUCAUCAGUCUUAUUUUUAAUUUUGUUUUCUCGCCAUUCAAGCCAUUUAGUCAUAGAGCUCAGCUGGUGGUAUCAGCCGUAACGGGCGGUGUCUGGAGGUUUCCUUUCCGUGUUCUGGCCACGGAACCUGAAGUAGAUGACGUCAUUAAUAUGGAAGCUGCUGGACUAAACAAGGAAUUUUUUGUUGGUUUCCGGCUCACUAGUCAGACAAGACACGUUUUGCCAUUUGAGGCAUACUUCGCGACCGGUUCAGACUCCGAGUUCUCUGUAACUCCUUCAUGUGGAGAACUGUUGCCUUUUGGAUCUGAAGGGACGUUGAUCAAGAUUUGUUACAAGCCAACCCUCUAUGGCAAGACUCAUCGCGCUAAACUCAUUAUACAGACGUCAGACAUGCAGUGGACGUAUGACAUCUAUGGAACCACUCCCGACUACACCCCACCUAACAGCCAAUCAAAAGUCGUAUCCAGUGCGCAGACGCAGAAGCGCAGUGUCAGRCAGAAGAAAAACUACGUCCUUGAAAACCUAAGACUGCCUAACACCGCAGUCUCAUCUCCGCUCAAAGGCGCACCGCUGGUUUCCCGUAGCAACAAAACGAUGUAACCUAGCAACAAAGRAAAUGUAUCAUUUUUGUACAUAAUAGUCGAGUUCUGGUGUAUAUACUGUCAAUGACUGGAUGUUAAACUAAGUAAUUUUUACCCUCUUUAGGAACAUGAAUUCUGAAAUAUUUAUCGUAUUUUUCUAAUAUUAUGUUAUCUUAUGGCCGUGUCCUUGUUUGUGAUUGGCUCCCCAUUUCAUCUUUCCGACUUCCUAUUCCCGAAGCUUCACGAUUAAGACUAUAAUGUCUCACAAUUUCAAUUUUUCUAAACUCGUAAAUAUUGAAAAUUUGUUUAAGGGUUUACUAUCCUGAAAAAGUGAUCCAAGGAUUUUUUUCAUAUCACCGUUGUAGUA